AUGGCCGCCCCAUCGCCCGGGCCCUCGCGCCAGCCGACGCCGUCGUCGUCGAGGUCGCUGUCGGCGUCGGCCGCCGCUCACGCGACCCAGGCCAGCAAGCUCAACCCCAACGUCGCGAGCUUCUCGUUCGCCCACAACGACCCUCAGCACUCGCACGCCGCCCACCAGGUCCACUUCCAGCCGCACGCCGUCCCCUCGUCGUUCGCCCCGGGGGCUUACGACGGGUCUUUCCCCAUCUCGUCGACCGCGCAACACGCAGCGAGCGCCCAGGGCGGCAUGUACGGCAUGGCAGCAGCAGGCGGUGGCUACCACCACUACCCGAUCAGCAGCAGCGGCAGCGCGUACGGCGCCGGCCCGAUGCAGCAGCACCAGCAGCCUCCUCCUCCUCCUCAAGGGUGGGCCGCAAAGGGUCCGCAGGGCGGCUGGGGCCAGCAGCAGCAGGGCGAGUACGGCCAACAGCAGCAGCAGCAGCACCACACCAUGCACCACCACCACCCGCAGCAGCACCCGGCCCACGCCCAGUCGCCCUACUUCAGCCAGCACCCGCCACCUCCUCCGCCGCCGCCGUCCCAGUCGAGGCUACACGCCGGUCCAGGCGCUCCGCCCAACGGCAUCUACCUCCCGCUGCAGCACAACGGGCCCCACCAUCUCGCCGCCGCCGUCGCCGCCGCAGGCUACCCGCCCGUCGGCGCCGCCGGGUCCGCCGUCUCGCCCGUCCCUGCCGCGCUCCACCUCCCGCCCGGUGCGGCUGCCGCCCUGUCGCCUCACCUGCAACAUCAGCAACCCCCUCCCUCGAUGCACCCGCACGCGUCGGCGGCGCUCCUCCCUCCCUUCUCGCCGCAGCGACCUCACCCGUCCUCGGUCGCGCCCCAGAUCCUCCCUGCGCCCUCUCUGCCCGUCUCGCCCGCCUCGCCGCUCCCUCCACCCUCGCACGUUCCCCUCGUCGUCCCGCCAUCGCCUCUCCCGCCCGCCUCGACCUCGUCCACCGCGUCGCCCGCCUCGUCGGUCGCGCCCAUCCGCGACGAGCCCAUCACCGUCGCGGCCGACGUGCCGCACCCCGCGCCCUCGGCGCUGUCGGGCACGCCGCCUCGGCCCACCCGCCGCAGGAGGAGCCGCCUCCCGCCGCCGGCCGGCCUCCCGGCGCUCACGUUCGCGCCGGGCCUGCGCCGCCCUCGCGGGUUCGCCGCCGCCUCGUCGGCCUCGUCGUCGUCCAAGGCGCACGACCAGGCGCAGACGACCCGGUUUCGCGUCGCCGACUCGCUGAAGAAGAGCGUCGGCGGCGGCGGCGGCAAGAGCACGCCAUCGACGCCGAGCAAGCCCGAGGCUCGCUCGCCGACGCUCGCGCCGAGCGCGCCCGCAGCCCCGGCGGCGGCGUCGUCGUCGGCGCCUGCGCCCGUGGCGGUGCCGCAGACGCCGAAGCAGCCGGCUGCCGAGGUGUCGGCGCCGGCAGAGCCCGCGGAGCCGCCUCGUGAGCCUUCGACGCCGGCUGCCGCUCCUGCGCCUGCGACGCCCGCGGCCUCGUCGGCGCCCGCACCUGUACCUGUCGCUGCAGCCGAGCCUGCGACGCCGAGCGCGCCGACGCCCCUGUCGCCGAGCGCCGCCCCGGCGACGCCCAAGUCGCCCGCCGGCCCGCCCGUACGCAAGUCGUGGGCCGACCUCGUGCGCCCUCCUCCCGGCUCGGCGCCUCCCUCGCUCUCGAACGGCCUGUCGCCCAUCUCGGCCUCGACCUCGUCCCUCACGUCGCCGCCGACGCCGCAGCCCCCCGCAGGGUCGCUCGCCGCGCUCCUCGCGCUCCCGCUCGCGCACGCCCACUACCCGGCGCCACCCGUCCCGCGCGGCCUGAUCAACAACGGCAACCUGUGCUUCGCCAACGCGAUCCUCCAGGCGCUCGUCUACUGCGGCGACCUGUGGAACCUCAUGGGCAUGGUCGAGCGCGGGAGCAAGAAGGACCUGAGGGAGGCCAUGGGCGCGAGCGUGACGGGCGCCAAAGAAGGCAAGGGCGAGAAGAGCGUCGUCGAGGCCAUGAUCGCCUUCCUCGCCGAGUUCCGCAACGCCUCGUCGUCGACCGCGCCCGCGUUCGACCCGUCGCAGAACACGUCGUCGUCCGCCUCGGCCUCGGCGUCGGCGUCGGCGUCGACCUCGGGUGCGACGACGCCCAAGAACAACAACGUGCACCCGCUGUCGUCGUCCGUCUCGUCGUCGUCCGGCGCCAACCACCCGAACCUGUCCGGCUCCGGGUCGGGCUCGACGCCCGCCCCGCUGUCGCCGACGCCGAUCCACGACGCGCUGCGGCACAACCCGCGGUUCGACGCCAUGCGCCGCGGCACGCAGGAGGACGCCGAGGAGUUCCUCGGCUUCUUCCUCGAGACGCUGCACGAGGAGGUGCUCGGCAUCCUCGAGGAGCAGGAGCGCAAGGAGAAGAAGGGCAAGGCCAAGGAGGAGGCGGGCGCGGGCGCCGGCGGCGGUGGGGACGAGGGGUGGAACGAGGUUGGGAGCAAGGGUCGGGUCGCGACGACGAGGACGACCGAGACCAAGGAGUCGCCCUUGGGACGCAUCUUCGGCGGCAAGCUCCGAAGCGUGCUUCGGUGCCCGGGCCAGAAGGACAGUGUCACCAUCGAGCCGUUCCAGCGCCUGCAACUCGACAUCCAGCCCGAGCACGUCCUCAGCAUCGAGGACGCCCUGCGCAACCUGACGGCGUCCGAGUCGCUGCCCGACUUUGUCUCGUCGCGCGGCGUGCGGACCCAGGACGCGACCAAGCACGUCCAGCUCGACGCGCUCCCGCCCGUCCUCAUCCUCCACCUCAAGCGGUUCCUCUUUGACGAGGUCGGCGGCGUCCAGAAGAGCGGCAAGAAGGUGGCGUACGGCACCGAGUUGACGAUCGACGAGCGGGUGCUGUCGGCGCCAUUGCGGCAGCAGGUCGGCAAGGACGGCGCGCGGUACGAGCUCUUUGGCGUCGUCUACCACCACGGCCUGUACGCGUCGGGCGGGCACUACACGGUCGCCGUUCGCCGAGGGUACCACUCAUCGCAGUGGGUCGAGCUCGACGACACGCACCUGUACCCGUUGUCGCCCGCCGAGGUGUCGGUCUCGCUCGCGCAUGCCAAGUCGCGGCGGUGGGAGACGGCGGGCGGCGGGCCCGCACGGAGCGGGAUCGAGGACAGCGAGGGCGGCGACCACAACGAGCGCGCCGUCGCCAUGCCGUCGCCCGGACCCUCUCCGCCUCCCGACUCGACCUCGCUCCCUUCCACCUCGACGACGCCCACGCCGACCUCGCGCGCACCUCGCCCAGUGGCACCAGUACCCGUCGAGCUCGAGCCGUCCCAGGUCGCCGUCCGCCGAGCCGUGUCGGGCCCGGUCGCCUCGUCGCCUUCCUCGCCUUUCCCCUCGUCCUCGCUCUCGCCCAUCUCGCACCCGGCGCCCGUGCGGCCUAGCCCCCUCCACCCGCACCGCGUCCAGCAGCACCCGCCGAGCCCGAUCAACGGCGGUCCCUCGCCCUCGAACCGCCACCUCGCGCCGCCUUCGCCCGCAACCUCGCUCGCCCACCUCGACGUGCCCGCCUCGCCCACUACGUCGACCCCGAGUCGUCCCGACGACCCGGUCACGAGCCUCGGCGGGAGGAGGACGCCCUUCUUCAUGAUCGCGCCGCACGUCGAGUGGACAGGGCGCGGGCUCGAGCGGCACGAGGAGCUCGAGGGACGGUCGGCGAGUCGCGGUGCCGGGUCGAGCGGUGUCGGCGGGCCUGCGCGCCGCUUCGGCGUCGGUGGCGAGAACGACCGCCCGGGCGAGGAAGGCGAGGCGAGCGGGCCGCGGUUCGACGCCGAGGAGGGACCGAGCGUCGCAGGCCGUCCGGGUCGUCGAGUCGAGCCCGCCGCUCUCGCUCGCAACGUUGCCGAGGUCAACCCGCUCGACCUCGCCAACCUCGUCACGGCCCUCACCUCGCGCGUCGACGAGCUCGAGAGCUUUGUGGGCGACCUCUCGCACCGACUGCACGUCCUCGAGACGACAGCGCCCCAACUGGCGGCCCAAGGCGGUCCGCCGACGACCUUCCUCCCUCGCCACCACUCUCUCGUGCCACGUUUCGCCUCGCCGAUGCCGCGCUCGAUGCCGCCUUUCCCUCCUUCAUUCCCGCACACCUUCCCCGACGGCAGCUAUCGCGCCGAGCAGCACCACCACCGCGUCAGCCCCAACGGCGACGAGUUCACGCCUCCUGCCUCGCCGCAGGUCCACCCGCAGCAGGGCAGCCCGGCCUUGUCGCGCACGUCGUCGCUCCUCAGCUCCUCGUCGUCGAGCGCGCCUCUCGGUCGUCACGCGCCUCGCGAGCGCGUCGCCUCGUUCGGCCCACUGCACUUUUCGCCGUUCGAGGCGCACUCGUCGUCGUCGGCGCCGCAGCCGGUCGGCCUCGGUCCCGCCCGUCAGCCGCCGUUCCACCCCGGCCUCGCAUCUUCAGCGUCGUCAAGCAUGGGUGGAUGGGCAGGAGGUGGGUCGAGGGAAAGGAGCGCGAGCAUGGCGGACUUGUCGAGCGGGAGCGGAGGAGGGUCCGGGCGCGAGGGCGUCGGCGUCGACUUCCAGGCCGAGCAGACCGCGUUGCACCACCGCUCGAUCUCGCUCGGCGGCCCGUUCUACCCUCGCCCGCCUCUGCUGCGCCAAGCCCCUCUGCCCAACUACCGCGACCUGCUCGACACGGACGCCGACAUCGACUGCGAGGGCUUCGUCCGCCGCAUCCUCGCGCACAACGACCAACAGUGCUCACUCUUCCUGCAGCAGCGGGUCCGGGGCACGUCCCAGGAGAAGCGCCAAGAGCUGUUUGACGCCAUCGGGCGCCACGUCCUCGAGCUCAGCGUCAGCAAGUUUGGCAACUUCCUCGUCUCGCGCUGCCUCGAGACGGGCGACUCGGCCCUCGCCCAGGCGUACGAGGACGCGCUCGUCGAUCACUUCCUCCAGCUUAGCCUCGACUCGUUCGGAUGCCACGUCGUGCAGAAGCUGCUCGACUGCGGCGGGUCGACGACCAAGGACAAGGUCAUCGCCGAGCUCCUUCCGCACCCGAACGUCCUCACGACCAAGUCGAGCGUGCACGUGGUCAACCGCAUCUUGACGACGCCCAACUCGCCCGCCUUUUUCGAGCGCCUCGCCGACCUCGGGACCGGCCAGUGGGCGUCGAUCGUCAAGGACGACGGCGGCUCGCUCGUCGUGCAGCACAUGCUCGAGGACUGGGCGCCGACGGCGUCGAGCGUCGUCGCGAGGGAGAUCCUCGACGGGCUAGACGAGGUCGCGAGGACGCCGAGCGGGUCUUUCAUCGUCACGCACCUGCUCGACCGCAACACGCUGCCGUUCUGCGUCAAGACGAUGCAGCACGCGCCGCAGCUCGCCCUCCACCCGUUCGGCGCCAAGGUCGUCGACAAGUGCAUGCGCAGCAGUCGCGCAGGGCCGGCCGGCAUCGGCAAGUUCGUCCGCGACAUCACGACCUCGAGCGGAGACAAGCCACCUCUCCUCGUCGGCAUCGCCUCGCACGCCCAGGGCGCCCAGCUCCUCGUCAACCUCCUCACCGGCCACGCCGCUCCCGACCGCGACAAGGACACGCUCGGCCGCACCAUUCUCGAACAGGAGGGAGCUUUGAUCGGCUUGGGAGGCCCGCACGGCGCGAGGGUCGUCCGGCUGUGCAGGACGGCGCUCGUCGGGUGA